AUGACGACAGAAUUAUUUAAUGAAUGGUUGUUUUCACUCAAUGAAGACAUGAAAAAACAGGAACGAAAAAUUCUGCUGUUUUUAGACAACUGUACAGUUCAUAAUAACCCCCCACCUUUAAUUAAUAUAGAACUUCAAUUUUUUCCUCCUAACACCACAUCGAAGUUGCAACCACUCGACCAAGAAACAGAAAACGACCAGUUGAAUAUUGAAUCGAUACAAUGGAAUUCCCUGCCAACUCAAGAAAAUGUAUCUUUCACUGAUUAUGUCAAUGUAGAUGAAGAUGUUGCUGUAUGGGGAGUCCUCUCUGACGCCGAAAUUUUGGAAAAUACAUUAAGCAUUGAUGAAGACAAUGAAGAUGACACAAGUCCUCUACCUCUUGUGACUUUAAAAGAAGCCAGUUCAUCCUUGGAAAAAUUACGACAUUUUUCGCUCCAGUCAGAAGUCACUGUUGAGGUUUUUGAUGCUUUAUUUACUAAAGAAAAUACUAUUGAAAAAAUGAAACUAAAUUCAAUAAAGCAGAAAACCAUUACAGAUUUCUUUAAAAAAUAA